GUGUGGCUCCAGGGUGCAGACCCUGCCCUGCACUGCCACAGGGGGAGUGGAGAGGAUGGGGCCGCCCCCAUAAAGGCCGAGCUGGCGAGACUUUACAACUCAGCGAAUGUGGGAGCAGAGAGGGAGAGACCACCUAAAGGUGUGCCUGUGAAUCAGCUAAUCCUGGGGCCCCUUCCUUGGACCUGGACACCCUUGGAUGAGCUGGAGGUCAGGAGCCGAGAUGUCACCCAAUCCUCCUGCCAGAAGCCAGAGGCCCCAUUCGGAUGGUCUGGGUGGGGAGGGGCUGUUUGAAGCUCAAGCGCUCUCCUCCCUCUCUGGUGCUGUAAGAGAGGUGUCGGUUCUCUUUCCCAAGAUAACAGGACUACCGGGUCCUCCUCCUUCAGCUCUUCUGGGCUGCAGUCUGCUCCCCGCUCUUCCCCUAGCCCCUGCUUCAGCCGUCUGGGAGUAGCUGGGUGGGAACAGGCCAGCCCUGUUACAUAACCCUGUGGCUGGGAGCCUGGGGAGGCCGGGCUGGAGAGCAGGUGCUCAGCCCCUCCCUCGCCACCAACAGUGAAAAUCUUCCUCUGGAGCCCAGCCUUGGGGUGGCCCAGCAUGGAGGCAGCCACAGCUCUGGAGGUGGUUGGAUCCACGCCGAAGGUGAAAGAAGCCGAUGCUGACGGAGCCCAGGCUUCACCUCGGUGGGGGGCCGUCAGCCCCAUUCCCCAGCUCCUGCCCCCCACAGAAGAGCACCCCAAGAUCUGGCUACCUCAGGCCCAGAGGCAGACCUACGUCCAGGAGGUUGGAGACACUCUGAAUCUACUAAUCCCGUUCCAGGGCAAACCCCAACCUCAAGCCAUGCGCACGCAUGACGGCUGUGCCUUGGACGCCAGUCAUGUGAGCAUGCGGAAUGGGGAGCGGGACUCCAACCUCUUCAUCCGAGAGGCCCAGUGUGCUGACUUGGGUCACUACCAGCUCCAUGUGCAGCUGGGCGGGCUGGAGGCCACCGCCACCACUGACACCCUGGUGAUCGAGAGGCCAGGCUCUCCUCAGAGUAUCAAGUUGGUGGAUGUCUGGGGCUCCAGCGCUACCCUGGAGUGGACUCUGCCCCAAGACACGGACGCACUCCUGGGAUAUGCGGUGCAAAAGGCUGACACCAAAUCUGGGCUGUGGCUCACGGUGCUGGAGCGCUAUCACCGCGCCAGCCGCACAGUCUCCGACCUCAUCGUCGGCAACUCCUAUGCAUUUCGAGUCUUUGCUGAGAACCAGUGUGGGCUCAGCCAGACAGCCUCUGUCACUGCCGACCCGGCCCACAUCCAGAAAGCAGCUACUGUUUACAAGACCAAGGGGUUUGUCCAGUGAGAUGUCUCAGAAGCCCCGAAGUUCACCCAGCCUCUGGCAGACUGCACUACAGUCAUUGGCUGUGACACCCAGCUCUUCUGCUGCAUCCAUGCCUCCCCCAAGCCAAAGAUCAUCUGGCUAAAGAACAAGAUGGAUAUCCAAGGCAACCCCAAAUACAGAGCCCUCACUCACCUGGGAAUCUGCUCCCUAGAAAUCCACAAGCCUGGCCCCUUUGACGGGGGCAUCUACACCUGCAAGGCCAUUAACCCCCUGGGGGAGGCGUCAGUAGACUGUCGGGUGGAUGUGAAAGGUAAGGGCAGAACUCGCACCUUAGGGUGCAAUCACCUCCUCUCUCCACAGGUGGGAAAGUCGAGGGCAGAGACACAAGCCUAGAUGGAGAAGGGCUCGGGUUGCUUCCCCUUCAGGCCUUCUCAUCACUGUCAUCAUCAGGAUGUAUUUUAGGAGCCAUUUUUAUCAUCCACUCCUCAUUUCUCUCCAUUAUAAUUCUGUAAUAUAGGAAGAAUCACUAUUUCCACUCUGCAAAGGAGAAACCUAAAGCACAGGGAGGUGAUUGAUCAGUUUACCUGUGAUUUCCAGUGCUGGUUAAUUGAGGAGUUGGCACUAUGGUGGAUAAGAGGCCAAGUCUGCUGGACCUUACCCAGAUCGUUUUUCAUUAAACUAUACAAUCUGACUCAAUCCAGGAAAGCUGUAGCUUUUUAUUGGGCUUUUAAACAAACCAGAGGACUUUCGUCUCUAGUUGGUUAAAUGGGAAUAUUGCACAUCCUCUCUACCGCUUUUAAAGUAUUCAUUCAUUUAUCCAUUCCUGUCCCCUUGCUCAGAUUGCCAUCAUUGCAUUUAGAAUAUUGUUUUAUAAUUAUCUAUUUACUGAUCUGUUUCCCCAUAAACUGUGAGCACUGUGAGGGCAGGGACCAUCUUAUUCACCUUGUCCCCCAGUGUCCAGCCCAGUUUCUGGUACACAGUGGGCACUUUCUGAGCAUGUGCAGCAUGACUCCGGAAUGAAUGGGCCAUUACAUGUCCUAUUCUUCCCUCCGCAUAGCCUCCUAAUUAGCACCAUGGACUCCCCCCAAACCUGGAAGUAUAUCCCUUCUCCAUGCUCUGAAAGGUUUCCCAGAGAUUGCUGAGAUGUUAAAACGGAGAGAUGUCAACACAGAGAGAUGUCUGAAUUUUGCAGCUCCUAAUUGAGGCACGCUAAGCAGACAUGGGCAACUCUGAGGAAGUGCCAGCAACGAAGCAGGGUAAAUACAGAAUUCAGAGCACAGGACCCAGGGACCAUGAAAGGAGGUCACCUCAGCAGCCUGGACGAGCUCUCACUGUUUGCCGUUAUGGCCACAACAUACCCUCUCUUUUCUGUGCCUCCAGGAAGCCUGUGGAGAGACUGUGUUCUUAAGAAGCUCCAGCAUAGUGUCUGUUUGGACUAAUCUAAAUAAAGGUGUGGAUC